AUGGCAUCGCGUGUCGGGUCAAGUACCUUGUUGACUCACCGGAGAACAUUUAGGGAUGCCACGACGAGUCCAUGUUCAUCGAGUCCACCGAGUCCAUGUUCUUCGAAUUUUCCUCUGCUUCACCAUCAAUGGCAGAUCGUCGAGAGCUUCAAGGUUCGGAUCUCGCAGCGGAGCCACGAGCGGUUGCUGGAGCGAGAGCUUUCGAUUUCGGCUUAUGCCAAUGCAUUGGCUGGUGUCGCCAUCAUCAACGAGAUUCACCCCAAUCAGGUUCUUCCCGUCAAUCAUCCAAUUGAUUCCAGCUUCGAUUCCGUCUUGAAUUUCUCUCAAGGUGAGAAAGUUAUACCCAUGGUCGAAGCAGCAGAGUGUCGUACUGCUUGGCCUUGCACAACUAGGCUCCGUUGCGGCAUCGAUUGCACAAAACGACACAAAGGAAUAGGAGACUGUACUGUUUUCCCACCACCUGGAAUUCCUAGUCAGUGUAAACCUCCUUUACCAUGGACGGCGAUAGAUGCAUCAGUUGGACUCCUAGUUAUUACUUUGCUUGUUGGACAUAUCUUUUAUGCAGCCAUAAAUCGAAUUGCAAAAGUGGAGGAGGCUUGUCGUAUAAUGACAAAGCUCAAAGUUCGUGCUGAAGCUGCAGAUGUGGCAAAAACUCAGUUUCUUGCAACUGUUUCCCAUGAGAUCAGGACUCCAAUGAAUGGUGUUUUAGGUAUGCUGCAAAUGCUGAUGGACACUGAUCUUAAUCCAAACCAACUGGAUUAUGCUCAAACUGCUCAUGCUAGUGGAAAAGAUCUCAUAGCACUGAUAAAUGAGGUUCUUGAUCAGGCUAAAAUAGAAUCAGGCAGGCUUGAGCUUGAAGCUGUACCUUUUGAUCUGCGCGCUGUUCUUGAUAAUGUUUUAUCACUUCUCUCAGGCAAAUCUAACAAAAAAGGGAUUGAGUUGGCUGUUUAUGUUUCCAAUCAAGUACCGGAAGUAGUCAUUGGUGACCCUGGACGGUUCAGGCAGAUAAUUACAAAUCUUGUUGGAAAUUCAAUUAAGGUUAGUAUUGCUUCUUGCUAG